AUGGCAUGGAGCUCGUCUACUGGUGUAGGGGGCUGGUCUACUAUUGAUGUAUGGAUACGUGGAUGGCAAGAUGUGCAGCCUCAUGAUCCUCAAGUUCAAGAUGCAGCCAACCAUGUUGUGAAGAGCCUUCAACAAAAGUCCAAUUCAUUGUUCCCUUAUGAGCUUCAAAAGAUUGUCCAUGCUAAGGCAGAGGCUAUGGAUUCAUUUGAGCCCUAUGGAAAUGGAACAAAUGGAGAGAAUGGCGCAAAUGUAGAAAACGAAGCAAAUGGAGAAACCAGGGCAGAUGGAAACGGGGCAGAGCAUGCAUUGCUACCCCCACCCCCUGUUAUCCCACCAGAUGUUGUUCCAUUGCGUGCUCAAGUAGAUAUUACACCUAAACCUUUAAAGAAGAAGAUUGUGCGCCUACCAAUUGCUAGGCGAGGCCUUGGAACAAAAGGGCAAAAGAUUCCUCUGCUGACUAAUAGAUUUAAAUCUCUUACUAUUUGAACAUAUAUAGGCAACAUCUAUAAAUCUUGUAGGGUGAGGAUGCAUUCAAAGAUGGGCAUACAAUCAGCUUCUACAUGGAGCCUAAAGUGUUUAGAUUACUCAUUUGAUGGUUUACAAUGUUUGUAUUUGAUGAACUACUGUUCAUUUCGUAAAUGGACCAAAUGAAUGCACAAUCUAAUUCCAGAA